CAUCACCACAUUUGAAAUGAACAAGAUCGUCAUAGUAGCCACUCUCGUCCUUUACGCUUACGCCGCUCCCAAACGGAUGGUGCUUCCCCGUCUGCCGGCUUCUGUGAUCGCGAGCGGAAAUUAUGCGCUUAUACCUGGAGACAAGAUAGUCGGCGGUACGGAAGUCGUCCCCAACUCACUGCCUUUUCAGAUUUCGUUGCAGCGCAAAAGUUCCACAGGCAUUUAUUCGCAAUCGUGCGGUGGCUCGAUCAUCAACGAGUACACCAUCCUCGACGCUGCGCAUUGCGUUGAGGGUGUCAACGAUGUUACUAUUUUUCGUGUUGUCGCCGGAGAACAUGACUUAUCUCUUGUUAGCGGAUUGGAGCAAAACCGAGAUGUCAGUGGCUUCUUGAUACAUGAAGACUAUAACAAGAAAACUUCGGCUAACGAUAUCGCCCUAAUUUAUUUGGCCACACCUUUGGACUUGAGCGUUCCGUCGGCUAGGCCCAUCAAUUUACCACCACCGACUUGGGAAUUUGAUCCUCCAGCUGGUAUUGUGGCUACCGUUUCUGGAUGGGGAACCACUAGCUCUGGUGGCAGCAUUUCCAAUGUGCUUCUAAGUGUCGAUAUCCCCAUCAUAUCCGAUGAUGAUUGCAACGCUAUCUACGCCGCCGAUUCCAAGCCCAAAGCCAUCUGUGAAACCAUGUUAUGUGCGCGGGGCUCUAACGGCGACGUCGAUUCCUGUCAAGGAGAUUCUGGAGGCCCGUUUUUCAUCGGUACUGGAACUAACGCCAUACAACUUGGUGUUGUUUCCUGGGGACGUGGUUGCGCUUCUUCCUAUUAUCCUGGUGUUUAUACCCAGGUGUCUUACUUUCUGGAUUGGAUCAACGAUAAUAGUCACUAAAGAACGUAUGUCGUGAUCGCUAUGUACUACAUUAGCAUCAUAUAAUACCUACUGACAAUAAAAUGUUUUAC